AAGGGAUUUGACGAUUUCAGUAAAAAAAAGUAAAAACCCUUUUAUAUCUUCAACAACUAACAAAUAAUAAAAAGCCCUUCAACUAAUGAAGAAAGAAAAUUGUUCAUAUUAAACAGCUCAUUCAAUCUCCGUCUCGCCACCCAAUAAAAUCACACACUCCCUUGUCUUCCUUCACAUCACCUUCGAUACUUCCGUUCUCACACACGUACGCACCGUUCCCGUUUGGCUUCUAAUAAACGUCUCUCUUCAAUUUAAAUACAUACAAUAAACGUCCAGAAGAAGAAUCUGGACAAAUAGCAGUUCCUCCAAAACUUGUGUUUUCAUUUUUAGGAAUAAUCCACACUUAUAGAGAGAAGGGGUCGGUUUUUUUUCUUUUAUCUUUCGAAGAAGGAGCCAUGAAUUCGCAUAUGAGUAUUUUUAUGUUCGUGUUUUGUUCAGCUUUUCUGGUGUUAAUGGUAAGUGGGCUUUCCAGAAAUUUUUCAAUACUGUCUUUUGAUGAAGGCUACUCGCAUCUUUUCGGGGAUGGCAAUUUGAUGGUCCUUGAGGAUGGGAAAUCGGUCCACAUAUCGUUGGAUGAUAGAACAGGUUCUGGAUUCGUGUCUCAGGAGGUUUAUCUUCAUGGGUAUUUCAGUGCUUCGAUUAAGCUCCCCGCAGAUUACACUGCUGGUGUGGUGGUUGCCUUUUAUAUGUCAAAUGGUGACGUGUACGAGAAAAACCAUGACGAGAUAGAUUUUGAAUUCCUGGGCAACAUAAGAGGAAAACAUUGGAGAGUCCAGACAAAUAUAUACGGUAAUGGAAGCACAAGUGUCGGAAGGGAAGAAAGAUACGGCCUUUGGUUUGAUCCAACUGAGGAUUUCCAUCAAUACAGCAUCCUCUGGACUGAAAAUGUGAUUCUCUUUUAUGUCGAUAACAUUCCCAUAAGAGAGGUCAAAAGGACAUCAACAAUGGGCGGUGAUUUCCCAUCAAAGCCCAUGUCUUUGUACGCCACCAUAUGGGACGCCUCGAAUUGGGCCACAAACGGGGGCAAGUACCGCGUCAUUUACAAAUACGCCCCUUACAUUGCUCGGUUUUCCGAGUUUGUCCUCCACGGGUGCGCGGUGGACCCCAUCGAGCAGACCAAAUGCGACAGCGCCCGUGAGUUCGCCUCGGCGCCAGCUGGCAUGACACGUCAGCAGAGGGCGAGAAUGUCGGGCUUUCGGAACAAACACUUGCAGUACUCGUAUUGUUAUGACCGUGCUCGUUACAAGAGUCCCUUGCCCGAGUGUGUAGUGCUCGAUAAGGAGGCUGAACGGCUCAGAAGGUUCGAUUUUGUCACGUUUGGCCGUGGAAGGCGGCACCACCGCGUGGCUCGGGCCCACGUCUCGUCCGUGUGAUGAUGAUGUUUUCGCACGUUGGGUUUCUCUAUGGUUAUCAUUUUUAUAUAUUUAUAUAUUUGUUUGGAUUAUUAUUAUUGGCUUAGUUUUCUAUAGUGGUUGUGGAUGUGAAUAGAGGGAAGAACAAACCAUAGGGAACAUAAGGAAAUAUCUAUAUCUAUUCAUAUUAUGGAGGACAAUUUAUUGAUGGGAUGCAUUUAUGUGUGUGUGUGUGUGUUUUGAUUCCCAUUUUG